GGCCCGGUAGCGCAGCGGCACGUGGUGGGGCUGGGCGCACGCGGGAAGGAAGUGACCCUGCCUCCGGCCUGGCUAACGGUCGCGGCGCUGCGUGGGCCCUGCCCUGUCCGCCGGCCCGGGGCGAGGAGAGACGCUGGCCAGGUGUUCCACAGGUGAGGAGGGGACAUCCCUCAAGGCUGCAACGGCAAUAGCCACAGAUAAAACACAAAGACUCGUCACUGUAUUUAGUUAAAACAGAAGGUGAAAGUUAAUCUUCAGAACUCAUUCCCAUAAAAGUUUUAAACAAGACAUUCUUAUUGACACUUCAGCUUUGGAGCACUUUGGCACAGCACCACCCUCUGGUCCCAGGCACAGUUUUUGUAAUUACAAAAUAGUAACUUUGUAGGAUGUCAGGGAAUGAUUUGGGUGUGCAUGUUUACAAGAUAAACCAACGAUUUCAUAUAAAGAGCAAGGAGACGAAAGCCCCAAAUGAAUCCUUAAGAAGCCCUCGCGCCUUCCCCAACUGCCGAGUGAAAAGCUCUGAGCUUGGAGGUAGAACUUCUGGAUUAUCCAACAAAAACUUCUUAUUUUGUGAGCAAACUAAACAGUUCUUUACUAGUCGUGAGAAUGGUUUAGGAGAUGCUAGCUCUCAUUGCAAGAGUGGAGUGGCAAAUGACUUUAACAAGGAAGAGUUUGGAUCAAAGAUGAGCAAGGGAACGCUAACAGGAAACUCAGUGGAAAGCAUAAGUGGUAGAAGUAGUUUGCUGUUAACACCUUCAACUAAGGAAGAAAAUGCUGUUGCUGGUACAAACUUAAUCCAGAGCUCCAAUUCUGACUUGCUUCACACAAAGCAGAAAAAGAUACAGAAUUCCCCUGAGAAUAUUUUAUCUAUAAGCUACAAUUCAAAACUAUUUAAUUCAUUAAGGCCGACCCCUCGGAUGACUACUUGCCAUCAUUGUGGUCUGUAUGGAGACCUGAGAUGUUCUCAGUGUAAACAGACAUAUUAUUGCUCUCCAGACUGCCAGAAGAAAGAUUGGUGUGCACAUGGUAUUGUAUGCAAGCCAAUUAAACAAAAUUUAAAGAAAAGUGAAGAUAAUGCCAAGUUGUCUGGUGAAAUUAAGGAUAAAUUUGAUUUUAAGGGCAGUUUAACCCCUGUUGAUGCACACGAGAUAGAAGAUGACAUCAAGAAAAUAAUGCUUUCUGACCUGCAAAAUCUAGGGCUCAAAAAAGCUAUGGAAAUACAGGGUACAGUCACAGAAUUCAGGAACCCAAGUGAAUUCUAUAUACAGGUCUAUUCUCCAGAAGUUUUAGAACGUAUCAGCAAACUUACUGUGAAACUGAAAGAUUGUUAUGCAAAUAUUGUUAACCAAGAGGAAUAUAUUCCUAUCAAAGGGGAAGUUUGUGUUGCAAAAUAUUCUCUGGAUCAGACCUGGAACAGAGUACUGGUAAAAAAGGUGGAUAUCUUGCAGAAGAAAGCACAAGUGUUGUAUAUCGAUUAUGGCAAUGGAGAAAAUGCUCCACUAGAUUGGAUUAAACCACUCCACAAAGACAUUGAACUGUUUCCUCCUUGUGCCAUUAAGUGUUGUGUUGCUAAUGUUGUUCCAAAACAAGGAGGAUGGAACAAAGACUGUGCUAGCAUUAUUACCCCUCUGCUCGUGGGACAGGACUGUUCGGUGACUGUUGUUGACCUAUUACAGGAGGAGAUGAUGACUUGUUUUGCUGUAGAUGUUGUCCUGCCAGGUUCUGGGAAACACCUAGAUAAAAUACUUCUCGAAAUGGGACAUGAAUUGAGUCCAAAGAGGAAAGAAACUAAGAAAACGGACCCAGAUACAGGUACUGUGUUACAAAAGGAUUCUGAGGGAGAAAGAGAAAAAACAGCUGAAGAUGAAGAACUGGUUCAGAAUAGUGAUUUAGCCAUAAAGGUUGUUUCCGUAUCCGUGGGAGAUACAUUUUCUGGUGUAGUUGCCCAUAUUCAAACACCAGAAGACUUUUUCUGUCAGCAGAUGCAUAAUGGCCGCCAGCUUGCUGAGCUUCAAGUAUCCUUGGGUGAAUACUGUAACAAAAUCCCUACUAUCCCAAAUUUCUGUCCAGCUGUUGGAGAUGAGUGUUGUGCCCAGUUUACAGAAGACAAUCAGUGGUAUCGUGCCUCUGUUCUAGCAUAUACUUCUGAAGAUACUGCUUUAGUGGGCUACAUAGAUUAUGGUAACUUUGAAGUUCUCCAAGUGGCUAGACUUCGCCCUAUUAUUCCAAAAUUAUUGGAGUUGCCAGUGCAAGCCAUAAAGUGUACAUUAGCAGGUGUGAAGCCCCUUUCAGGAACCUGGUCCUCGGAAGCUAUUUCUCUGAUGAAACAACUAGUGCAAAAUAAAAUGAUCACUGUAAGAGUGGUGGACAAAAAGGAGAAUAGCUCUGUGGUAGAGAUUGCAGAUGAAUCUGUUACUCCAAUAAUAAAUGUAUCUAAACAUCUUUUAGAAUCAGGCCAUGCAGUGAAAGAUUCCAAGGAUGCCUUAACAAUAAAUGAAACUGUUAACACUGUGAAGGAAGUAAAUGCUGUAGGAGAAACAAUAAAUAAAAUAGAUUGGACAUGGAUUAAGCUGACUCUUAAACAGACAGUAAAUGUCUUGCUGUGUACGGUGAACAAUCCUGGAGACUUCUUCUGUCAGAUCUUCAAAGAUGAUGACUUACUUGCUCUAAAUGUACUCAACAAGUCAUUGGCAGAAUACUGCCAGCAGACUUCUUCUAGUGUUUUCAAGCCUUCAGAGGGAGAACCUUGCUGUGCUUUUUUCUCUGGUGAUGGUAAUUGGUACCGUGCUUUGGUAAAAGAAGUCUCUUCAGAUGGAGCUAUUAAAGUGCAAUUUGUGGAUUAUGGAAAUGUUGAGACAGUAACUCCAGAUAAACUUCGACAGAUCACAUCAACGUUGCUAAAACUUCCAUUUCAAGGAAUUAAGUGUUGGUUAUCAGGUGUAAAACCUGUUAACAAGGAAUGGCUCCCAGAAGCCACAGCAAGAUUUCAGAUGUGCACUGCAGGAAUUAAACUUCAAGCCAGAGUAGUUUCUGUCAACAAAAGUGGUGCUGGAAUAGAGCUCAUUGAUAAUUCCACAGGUUGUCCAAGAAUAAUCAGUGAAAUUUUAAUCAGUGAAAAAUUGGCUUUAGAGGAAGGUUUGCCAAAUAAAGAUGGGCUACCAAAUACGUCUGCUGAGAAAAUAGAGCCUCAAGAAACCUCUUCUGAGCAGUGGCAGACAAUAGAAUUGCCUAUCAAUGAAACUGUAUCAGUCCGUGUAAUGGAAGUGAUAAGCCCAGACUUGUUUUAUGCUCUACCAAGUGAAACCAGAGUAGAUAAAGAGAAGUUGUGUAGGUUGAUGGCUGAACUGGUAGAAUAUUGCAACACUCAGAACAGUCACUCCUUCAGACCAAAAGUCGGUGAAGCCUGUUGUGCCAAGUUUGCAGGUGAUGGCCAUUGGUACAGAGCUAUCGUUCUGGGAGUUUCUCCGUCUGAGGUGAAGGUAGCGUAUGCAGACUAUGGAUGCACCGAAACUCUACCAUUCUCUAGAGUGCUGCCGAUCACUGCACGUUACUUGAAGCUCCCUUUUCAGAUAAUUAAGUGUUCGCUUGCAGGAAUCAUGGAAUGGUCUCCAUUAAUAAUAGAUUUGCUAAAAACAUUAAUAUUGAAUAAGUGUGUCAUGAUCACAGUGAAAGGGAUCAAUGAGAAUAUUCAUGCAGUAUCCGUGGAGAAAUGUUUUGAAAACAGUAGUCUAAGUAUAGCCGACAAAUUAGUAAUGGAAGGUUUAGCCAAAUAUAGCAACUCUGGAAAUCAAAGUAUGCUACACCAAGCCCAUGGAAAUAAGGCUAGUUGCUGUUGCACAGAAUUAAAAAAGCGAAUUGAAAAACAUGAACAGAUCCUCCUCUUUCUUUUAAAUAACCACGUGGCUCAAGAUAAGUGUAGUGAAAUGAAAAAAUUAUUACAACACUAAAUCUUGUAGGCAUGGUGUGUGUGUGUAUGUAUGUGUGUUAUAUGCGUAUACCCGUAACACUGUGUUGCCAAUGUUAAUGCAAUUGCUGCUACUCACUGCUCUUAUUCCUAGAAUAGUGGCUGUGUUCAGGAGCAAAAAAAACUUGAUUUCUUUUGUAGAAAUUGUUUUGCUGUUAAAUGCUGUUGGAAUGUAUCUGUACAUAUGUGAAAUAAGAAAUUGUACAUUUGCACUGUCUGGAUCCGAGCAAAGCUAGAUGGAGCCAAGUUAAGGCAUGAAGCCUCUGGCUGUUAGUGCAGUUCUUUUGAACAAAGGCAAUACUUUUUUCUUAGGCAACUGUUUUUAUAAGAAAACUCUUCACUUGCAAACCAAAAGUAUUGUAAGAGAACUUAGUGAAAACUAUUGAGUUUUCAUUUGCAAGAGGGAAAAAUUGGAUUUUUGUCUUAGAAAACUCAACUUCAUUUUUACAUUUAAUGUAUAGCAAACAUAAAAUUUAAGUUUGAAAUAAAAAUGCAUGUGAAAUUUUAGGUAAAUGAUUUGUCAUGAAGAAUAACAGUACAGAUACUACUUUUUUCAUUUGGUCUACUUAAUGUUCUGUGUCUAACUUACGGUUAGAUUUGUUUAAAACCAUAUUUUCAACCUAUUAUUUUCCCUUACUGUUCCCUCCAGCUGCGUGAGGUAAUAUGAACAACCAAACUUGAUUUUUAAUUGGCAUGUAAGGUAUCUCUUUUACCUGCAAAAUCAUCCCUUUGUUAUCCAGCAGUUCUGUUAGGCAUUGUUUAGUGGUUAGAGGAAGGAACGGGCUCUCAGAACUCUUGGGUUCCCCAUCAGACUUUGCCACUAAAUUUAGACAAGUCACUUAACCUCUCCAUCUGUUUAUGCAUCUUUAUUUUAUUAAUGGAUAAAAUUCCUGUAUAUGUUCAGAUGCUGUAUCAGUGCAUAGUAUUUACCUCCUUUAUUUGAAAGACUAUAUCACAUUCACAAUUUGACACCUUUAUUGACAGUCUCGGCAGAUAAACCAAGGGGUCCAUAGACAUAGAAAUUGAAUUUCUCUCAACUUUAGAGCUAGUUUCCAUGUUUGGUUGGAAAUGUGUAUUUCCAUUGGUCAUGUGCAUCUGUUUUGUAGAGACGUAAGGACUUCAGUUUACAGUGCUGCCAAUCUGAUACUUUUCAGGAGCACUGCACUUAACUUGAAGGAGUUGGAAUUUUUAAACUGUUACUUUGCUUGUGCCACCAGACUUAGUUUUCAUUCCUCUUGAUAAACUUUGAGCAAAGUUUUGAUUGCCUUAAAAUAGGGGAUUUUUUUUUACCACUUUGUGUAUGGAGGUAAACUAUUCCUUACCUUUGUAAAUUCAGGAUGUCUAUGAAAAGAGUCAGUGUAGUCCAAUUCCACCAAGUCUAUUAGAGACCUGUUCCUUUAACACACCUCAGUGAUGUAAAAACUCUCGGUGUGUAUAAGUAGUUACGCAGAAGGUUGGGAACUUCCAGUGUUUCACUAAAAGGUGAAUCAGCAAUGUUCAUGAGUUUGUGUUUUUCCCUAAGCACAGGGUGAAUCUUUCACUCAGAAAUAAAUUCCAUUUGAACACUUAUCGUAUCCAGUCAGACAGUUGGCUUUUAUUUGAAACUGCAUUCUAGCAUUCUGCUUUGCUGGAUGUCAGAUAUGGAAAACAUACCCUAUGUUAUCCCCCUCUCUAGUUUUUGUGUGUGAAAUACUUAUAUGGACCAGCAGACCGAACUGGACCCUAUUUUAAUGACAUUAACUUACGCAUUAUCAAGGAAUAAGUGCAUUGUUGCAUGUUAUUGUUAUCAUUUACAGCUCCCCUCUCUUUCUCUAAAAACAUUUGGCUUCUGGUUAUGAGACUCUGAGUAUGAUAUGACCUGCAAAAUCCAAAAUAUGCCAAGAAAAUAACAUGCUAUUGAUGUUCAGAUGAAUAAGAAGAUAUAUAGCCUCACAAAAAAUUCCUUUGGAAGCCAAGGUUAGUAUGUAGCAUUUGUAUAGCUCUUUUAUAUUUUCAAGCACUUUACAAACAUUCAGAACCAAAUGUGUUACAGUUGAACUAUUAAUUGUCAAUAAAAAGUUCAACUUCGGAGGAGUUCAACAUAAGUAUUUGGAGGUGAACUAAAAGGCAUUUUUACAGCCAAGACGCAAGUUAGCUUCCCAUAUUUUUUGCGGCAACAGUUACUGACCUCACCAAUAACAAAAACAGAAGGGAGCAACAGUUCCUGUAUGGCAUUAAGGACAAAUUCUGUCUCUCUACUUGGUUCCCAUUUAUGUCAAUAGGAAGUGGUGUAUGCAUGUGUGUGCUUAAGUUGUUUUUAGAUCUUGGUGGAUAAGUAAAGUAGGAAACUAUUUUCUUAAUGUGUUAAGAUCUUUAGUUUUAACAUCUUCUCAGAAGCAUGACCAUAUUCUUAACUAACCUCAAUGUCCUGAGAUAGC